CGUGCAGCGAGCCUUUUUCUUCUGUGUGGGAGAUUCAUCUUGACAGGCAAGCUUACAGGGAGAGCGUUCGCAGUGUGGCGCACGGCAACACGGUGCAUCCUCAUCAUCAUCACACCAUCGCAUCGGAUCAGAGAUCAGGAUGAGCAGGGAAGCAGGUAAGAUACCGGGUGCUUCAUCGCCGCCCCCUUCCUCGCAUCCGCCGCAGCAGCAGCCAGAUGAAGCUCGAGGAGCGCAGCAAAAGCCGAGCACAUGGCUCGUCUCUGCACGCCGAACGAACGUCUGGCUGAGACGCAUCUCUCACUUGUCCGCUUCCGCAUUCGGCGUGUUUGUGAUCGUACACAUCAGCGCACCCGUCGUCGCUGCCAUAGCGCCACCCAACUCUGCGCAAGAAUGGGCAGGCAAGACGAUGCUUCUGGGAAGAGUGUAUUAUCAGGGCGCAUGGUCUGAGCCUGUGCUGGUCUGGGCAAUGCUCGGAGCGCACAUCAGCUCUUCGCUGUCCAGGCGGCUAUUGAGAUCCACCGCUUCGACCACCUCUCCCGUCACCCAGCGAUUCAAGGCACCCUCAUCGCAUACCACCAGCGCUAUCAUCCUCCUACCCCUCCUCGCGCUUCAUUCCCUCACCACUCGUCUGAUGCCCGCACGAAAAGGGAUAUCCGAAGUGCUGGAUCAUUCUUUCGUAGCCAGGGGGUUCCAAACAUGGCCCUUGCUCAAUUGUUGCUCGUAUGCGGCCCUGUUAGGAGCCAUGCUGAUUCACAGCAUAGGUGGCGCACGUCGCAUCUACUCGACAUGGAGACCGACCCUGCGCUAUUGGAGACCCGGCCGUGACUCGAAAGCUGCUGCUGCUGCGUCAGAUGCGCUGCUGGAUCCAGCAGCGCGCAAAGACGAAAGAGGAGCGCGAGCUCUGGCGAGAAAGAUGGAUGCGCGCAUCAAUGGCAAGAGGAGGAGGGACGCCACGCUGCUUGGAGGAGGUAUCGCCUCGCUUUGGCUAGCUCUGGGAUUGACAAGGAUCGUAGCCGACGGCGCAGAUGUGGGACCGGUCAUGUUGGAAAAGUACGACGCUUGCUAUCUGGCUGUAUGGCCUUACAACGUAGUGCGCCGAGUCGGACGCUAGAAGCUCAUCGAUCAUCGAUUGAGCCAGAUCCUCUUUGCCGACGC